GCCCCUCCCCGCCUCCGGAGCCGAGCUCCUUACCUGCCCUCCACCCACCCGCGGGCCCCUCUCCAACUUCUCUCUGCAACUGGGGGUAACAGGCAGUCCUUGCCCCCUGUACUGUCCCAACGGCACCCGCAUGUCUCCGGACACCUGAACACCCCGGUCCCGCCGAGCAGCCUCCCUGCGGGGAGAAGAGCACCGGUCCCCCUCGCCCCGCACAUCACCGAGGACCUCACCUCGCGGUCCGGCCCCCUCCUUUUCCUCCAGGGCAGGAGGAUGGGGUUGGAAACGCUUUCCCCGAGGAUGCUCGCGUGGCUGGUGGCCUUGGGGAUUAUUGUCUACGGGGAACUGCGGGUCUGCGCUGGCUUCGAUUAUGAUUACACUUUUGAGGGAAACGAAGAGGAUAAAGCGGAGAUGAUAGAUUACAAGGACCCGUGUAAAGCCGCUGUGUUUUGGGGUGAUAUUGCCUUAGAUGAUGAAGACUUAAAUAUCUUUCAAAUUGAUAGGACAAUUGACCUUACACAGAACCCCUUUGGAAAAGUUGGACAUACCACAGGUGGAUAUGGAGACCAUGGUAUGUCAAAGAAACGAGGGGCCCUCUACCAGCUUAUAGACAGGAUAAGAAGAAUUGGCUCUGGCUCGGAACAAAACAACACAGUUAAGGAAAAAGUACCUCUAAAAUUCUCAGGGCAAAAUGAGAAAAAUCGAGUUCCUAGAGCUGCUACAUCAAGAACUGACAGAAUAUGGCCUGGAGGCGUUAUUCCUUACGUUAUAGGAGGCAACUUCACUGGCAGCCAGCGAGCCAUGUUCAAGCAGGCCAUGAGGCACUGGGAAAAGCACACGUGUGUGACUUUCAUUGAAAGAAGUGAUGAAGAGAGUUACAUCGUAUUCACAUACAGGCCUUGUGGAUGCUGCUCCUAUGUAGGUCGGCGGGGUAAUGGACCUCAGGCAAUUUCUAUUGGCAAGAACUGUGAUAAAUUUGGAAUUGUUGUUCAUGAAUUGGGCCAUGUGAUAGGCUUUUGGCAUGAACAUACGCGACCAGAUCGUGAUAACCACGUAACCAUCAUAAGAGAAAACAUCCAGCCAGGUCAAGAGUAUAAUUUCCUGAAGAUGGAGCCUGGAGAAGUGAACUCCCUGGGAGAAAGAUAUGAUUUUGACAGUAUCAUGCACUAUGCCAGGAACACCUUCUCAAGGGGGAUGUUCCUGGACACUAUUCUCCCUUCUCGUGAUGAUAAUGGCAUACGUCCCGCAAUUGGUCAGCGAACUCGUUUAAGCAAAGGAGAUAUUGCACAGGCAAGAAAGCUGUAUAGAUGUCCAGCAUGUGGAGAAACCCUACAAGAAUCCAACGGCAACCUUUCCUCUCCAGGAUUUCCAAAUGGCUACCCUUCUUACACACACUGCAUCUGGAGAGUUUCUGUGACCCCUGGGGAGAAGAUUGUUUUAAAUUUUACCACGAUGGACUUAUACAAAAGUAGCUUGUGCUGGUAUGACUACAUUGAAGUAAGAGAUGGGUACUGGAGGAAGUCCGCUCUCCUUGGCAGAUUCUGUGGGGACAAAUUGCCUGAAGUUCUCACCUCUACAGACAGCAGAAUGUGGAUUGAGUUUCGUAGCAGCAGUAAUUGGGUAGGAAAAGGCUUUGCAGCGCUCUAUGAAGCAAUCUGUGGAGGUGAGAUACGUAAAAAUGAAGGACAGAUUCAGUCUCCUAAUUAUCCUGAUGACUACAGACCUAUGAAAGAAUGCGUGUGGAAAAUAACAGUGACAGAAGACUACUAUGUCGGAUUGACCUUUCAGGCCUUUGAGAUUGAAAGACAUGACAACUGUGCCUAUGACUACCUAGAAGUUCGAGAUGGAACUAGUGAAAAUAGUCCUUUGAUAGGGCGUUUCUGUGGUUAUGAUAAACCUGAAGAUAUCCGAUCUACCUCCAAUACCUUGUGGAUGAAGUUUGUUUCUGAUGGAACUGUGAACAAGGCAGGAUUUGCUGCCAAUUUUUUUAAAGAGGAGGACGAGUGCGCCAAACCUGACCGCGGGGGCUGUGAACAGCGGUGCCUGAACACGCUGGGCAGUUACCAGUGUGCGUGUGAGCCCGGCUACGAGCUGGGGCCCGACAAGAGGAGCUGCGAAGCGGCCUGUGGUGGCCUUCUUACCAAACUCAACGGCACCAUAACCACUCCAGGCUGGCCCAAGGAGUACCCUCCUAAUAAAAACUGCGUGUGGCAGGUGGUCGCCCCAACCCAGUACAGAAUUUCUGUGAAGUUUGAGUUUUUUGAAUUGGAGGGCAAUGAAGUUUGCAAAUACGAUUAUGUGGAGAUUUGGAGUGGCCUUUCCUCUGAGUCUAAAUUGCACGGCAAAUUUUGUGGUGCUGAGGUGCCUGAGGUGAUCACAUCCCAGUUCAACAAUAUGAGAAUUGAGUUCAAAUCUGACAAUACUGUAUCCAAGAAGGGCUUCAAGGCACAUUUUUUCUCAGACAAAGAUGAAUGCUCUAAGGAUAACGGUGGGUGUCAACACGAAUGUGUCAACACAAUGGGAAGCUACGUGUGUCAGUGCCGUAAUGGAUUUGUGCUGCAUGAAAAUAAACACGACUGCAAGGAAGCUGAGUGUGAACAGAAAAUCCACAGUCCAAAUGGCUUCAUCACCAGUCCCAACUGGCCAGACAAGUACCCAAGCAGGAAGGAAUGCACAUGGGAAAUCAGUGCCACGCCAGGCCAUCGAGUCAAAUUAGCCUUUAGUGAGUUUGAGAUAGAGCAGCAUCAAGAAUGUGCUUAUGAUCACUUGGAAGUAUUUGAUGGAGAAACAGAAAAAUCACCAAUUCUUGGACGACUAUGUGGCAGCAAGAUCCCAGAGCCCCUAGUGGCUACUGGAAAUAAAAUGUUUGUUCGGUUUGUUUCUGAUGCAUCUGUUCAAAGAAAAGGCUUUCAAGCUACACAUUCUACAGAGUGCGGCGGCCGCCUGAGAGCCGGGUCCGCUCCGGGGGACCUGUACUCGCACGCCCAGUUUGGCGAUAACAACUACCCAGCCCAGGUCGACUGUGAGUGGCUGCUAGUGGCAGAACGGAGCUCACGACUGGAGUUAUCCUUCCCGAUUUUUGAAGUAGAAGAAGAGGCUGACUGUGGCUAUGACUACGUUGAACUCUUUGGUGGGCUCGAUUCGACAGCGGUGGGGCUCGGUCGCUUCUGUGGAUCAGGGCCACCAGAAGAGAUCUAUUCAAUCGGAGAUGCAGUUUUAAUUCAUUUCCACACUGAUGACACAAUCAACAAGAAAGGAUUUCAUAUAAGAUACAAAAGCAUUAGAUAUCCAGAUAUCAUGCAUACCCAAUAAUAACUAAUACCAAAACCUCCUCCAGAAAAUAAAGGAAUAUGUGUAAUGGAGAGAAGACCUAUUUUUUAUUAAAUGAAGAUAUUAGCACAAAUGUUUUAUAUAAUGAAUGAUAACAGAAGAAAACCGUAUGACCAGAAUUCUCUUUGUACUGAAAGAGACAUUUCCAGCUAACACUGAUCGGCGUUACUAGGAUAUCUGAACUCCAUGCUUGACGAUAUAAAUAAAGCUGGUGAAAGGGCAUCGUGUGUUUCAUGGAAGACUCCACAAGCUUUUGUUCACAGCUUGACACAGAUGCCUCACAAAUCAGACCGUUAGGGUCGGGGCCUGUGACCCUGCAGAGUGUUCUUUUUGACAAUUUUACAAGAUUUGGGGGAAAUAAAAUGAUCUUGCAGGUCAUAAACUAGAAAACCCUCUCCUUGUUUCUUAGGAUAAUUGCUUUGACUUUGUAUCUUGGACGCAGUGUAAACCAGAUCCAUAUAAGGUUAGUUAUGAAAUGGCAGUCUUUAGAGGGUGAUUUGUAUUUUAAAUGUAGGUGGGUCCAAUGUUUGGAAACUGGAAUAUUUCAGCUUCAUUAUUUUCACUUGCAGGCCAGAUUAACCUCUUUGAAACACAAAUCAUCUUGAGACCACUUUAUUUUACUGAUAUUUUGACAAGUUUGAAAUGUCAAAAGUUUCUAUUAUUGCAGUUAAACUGUAGACAUCAUUUAUUUAAGUGCUGGAAAGUGCCCAGUUGAUCAAUAAACUCAGUUCUUUCAGUGGAAAUGCUGCCUUUUCACACCAAAUCCAAGAAGCCUUGCGAUGUCUUAUGAACUUUAUGAGAAAAUUCCCAACAGGUGUGAACAGGAUUCUUCUAAGUGACUGCCAAAUGGCUCAUACUCAAGUUACCACUGCUGCUAUUGUCUUUCUUCUGUUGUGGAUCUGUUGUAGUUGUUACUGUUGAUGCUGUUAUGAUUAACGUUGUAUUUAAAAAAAUGAAAUGAAAUGAAGUGGAAGUAGGCCUUGUGAGAAUUGAAAGACCUCUCUCUCUCUUUUUUUUUUCUUCCUGGGAUUCACUUUUUAAAAAUGCAAUGUUGGAAAAAAGAAUUUGUUUCUGAAAGACUUUCUAUGGUGCUAUUCCAUAAACAUUUUUUAAACAAAGUUUUUGACCUUUGAGCCAACCACUUGUAGACUAUGAGUGUCUCCCUGUGUCUGGCUGGCGGCAUUUGAAGACUAAAGACUUGUUAAAUGUAUCAAGAGUGUGUCAUUGCAAGGGCAGCACUUGUCCUGUGGAACAGCUACUUUUAAUGCCUUAGAAUUCUUGCACAUGAUCAAACAGAUCCUUCUAGAAACAUAUCUUUUGAAAUAUUGAACAUAAUAGUAUAUGUUAAUUAGCAGCUCUAUGAGGACAGUCCAUUUCUGGGACAGAAUACUGAGUAUAAAUAUGUUGACAUGCUUUUGUUGUAGAAAAUGAUUUUCUGCUUUAAAGCCAUGUGUGUUUUUAAUAUUAAUGUAUGUAUAUGUGAGCUUGUCUGAGUGAGUGAAGCUAUAAGAAGAUGAAAAGUAGUGGGUGGUUUGAAAAGUUAAAGUUUAUGUGCCAAGUUCUAUAAGAAUCCUGUCUGAAGCAGCACCUUUCUUAGGAGGUUUCAUGGACAAAUAACGGGAACUUGUAAUUAUUAUCAACCAUUUAAAAAAAAAAACAACCCGGCUCUUUCAUUCAGAGAAACUCUAUUUUGAUAUUUUUUGAUGUUGAUGUAUAUUGCUCUUUGAAGUAGCUUUGUUUCUGUUAGCUGUCCAUGAACAUUCAACAUUUAAUAAAAGUGGGGUGUUUUUCUUCAUUUUACAAACCUAUUGACACAGGUGUAGUUUAUUUGUUUUUUUGUUAUUGUUGCCCUAAAGAAUCUUUUCUUGCCAUAUGAAUUAUAAUAUGUAAAUACAUUUUUAAAACCAAUCUUUUGAUCUUAUUGAAUGUUACUUUGGAAAUAUAUAACUAUUGCCUGCAAAAUAAUGAGUUUUUAGUGGAGCUGAUUUAUUCCAGUAACUUCUAUAUUUUUUUCACUAAUCUCCAAUUAACCAAAAUUUACUAGGACUGGGAAAGAGAAAAAGAAAAAAACAUUAACACCUAGGGUACUACACC